UAUCCUACAUGUAGCAAUAAAUGCAUAUCUUAGAUUAUAUUACGUUAUACUAUGUCAGUGAUUCAUAUUGAUUUCUUUGAUCUUCUACAAAGCUUUAACAGCUAAAUCUAUUUAAUACUUGCACUGCAUCGUAUACUAUAGUAGUUGUAUGAUAGUCAUAUUAUAGUCAGACGUCUGUCACUGUUUGUGGCAUAAGAAGCAACACUAGGCCCAUAAAAAAAAUAGUUUGUCGUCAUGGAAACAUACUUUUGUUUACUACUAAUAAUUUUAAUUCAUUCUAGAUCAUUAAUUUAUGUUUUGUCAAUAAUCACACCAAGCUAGGUUCCUAAAAAGUGAUAAUUAUGGCAGAAAUGAACACAAAUCUUCAAGAUAACCCUCGUGGUGCUUUAGAAAAGCAUAUAAAUGCUUUGCAAAGUGAAUUAAAAAUGACAAGAAAACAAGCUUUAGUAAAUAUAAAUAAGGAAAUAUUUGAGAACCCUGCAAAUAGUGACUGCGACUUGACUGUUGUGUUUCCUGAAAUAUAUGCCUAUAUUCUAAAAAGUUUUUCUGACCAGUCUGAGGCAUGUCGAGAGUACGCUGCGUUAAUUAUUUCCAACUUUAUAGAACGGUUGCCUUUAAAUGACUAUUAUUUAACUUAUAUUUUACCUGUACUAGUUCGACGAAUUGGUUGUCCAGAAAUAGUUGAAGAAUCCGAAGAAAUUCGUUUAGUAUUAAUCGAACUUGUUCACAAGAUAUUGGACAAGUAUAAAGUACCUCACCUUCUUAGUCCAUUCAUUAAUGACUUCACAAGUAUUCUAACAAAAACAAGCACUGAUCCCUUUCCGAAAGUAAAGCUUGAGGCAUGCGAAUGUAUAAUUUUAUUAACGAAAUUGAUAGAAAGAGACUUCCACUUUCAAUCAGAGAGUUAUGUAAAGCCAGUUUUAUCUAAUUUUGCUCAUCAGCACUUUAGAGUUCGAGUUGCAGCAAUUAAAGCCAUAGGAGCUAUUGUUCUUGCUGGUAAUGCAAAAUGCUUUGAGCUAUCGAUCACACCAAUGGCUGAGAAACUGUUUGAUGAAAACACCCAAGUGCGACUGCAGGUGACACUGGAAGUUGGUAACUGGGUGCUCAAUUAUAGAGAUCGAUACUCAUUCUGGCACCGCAUGAUACCACUCUUGCUAACAAGCCUUAGUGAUGUAAUGGCCGAUGUCCGAGAGACAGCCACAAAGCUCUGGACUGAUAUAGGCCUUCAAUACAUGGAGGAGAAUGAGGAAGAUUUGAAAAAGAAAGCAGAUUUCCUCAAGGAUGUUCCAACCCACUACCCAGAUGUGAAACGACCCAAUCUUGGCUGCAGAGUUUUGGUGCAGAGUAACAUUGGGAAAAUUGUACCUGCUAUUGGUCGAGAAAUGGACGGGUGGCAAGCGGAUGCACGCCUCCGUUCAUCCCAGUUGCUGUGCUGGUUGCUUUUAUGCGCUGAAGAGGGCGCCACUCAACACGCCAACACGAUCGUACGCACACUGAUACGGGGUGCAAAUGAUGAUGACCCCAGAAUUGUUACUGAGAUCAAACGCGCGUCUGAGCUGCUCGGCUACUUCAUCACUCCAGACACAUGGUGGCCGCUGCUGGAAGCCGACGUGGACUCCUGGCCCGCGCUCCUCGUCAUUGCCAACGUACUGAAGGGUUCCCGCGCGGAACUCGUCACCGGAAAGGUGAUGGAAGAGCUAUGCAAGGAGAUCGCUGAUCCCGAUAGGUGCAGAAUGAGAAAGGCCAAAUAUCAAACGAGUCUGCUGCACGUGACCGAAGCCCUAAUGCAGCUAUGCGGCGAUGCGUGCGCACCGGUGUUCGACCAGCUGUUCACCGUUUGCUUCACCGUGUACGCGAUGCCGGUCGACGAUCACAUACAGCUCAUGGCACUCUCAAACCUGGACAAGCUGCGGUACAUAGAGAAAUGCGGCAGUACGCUGUCGAGCCUGUACGAGCGGCACGUGGGCCACAUUCUCACCGACAUCGACAGCGACCCGAUCACGUGGUCGCUGCUCACUCCCCACCGUUGUCUGCUCGACUGUGUGCUUCUACGUGGAGGAGCAGCCUUAGGCAACCAGCUACACAUCAUCGGACCCCUCCUCAAAGCGAGCCUGGCGCCGGCGAAGAUGGAUCCUGAGGUGAAGCUAAAAAUCUUCACUAGCCUGUCCACGAUGCUGCUCCAGCGGCAGACCAACUUCAGCAAGUGCGACACCUUUCAACUGGAAGCGUUCCUCAAAAUUAUUCUUAAAGAUGUAAUAAUGGUGAACCUGGUGUGGUCUCCGGGACGGACGGCUGAGGCUACUCGUACUGCCGCUGUCGCCUGCCUGUGCGCCGCGCUGCAGCCUGCGGGCGGCGAGGGGGGCGGAGGGGACGGCAACGAGACAGUGAACCUGUUCCCUACAAAAGAGUCACUGGCGCCGUUCGUGGACGAGAUGGUGCCGCUGCUGGCGGCGCUGGUGGACGACAACUCGUCGCUGACGCGGCAGCACACGCUGCGGGCCAUAGCCAGCCUGGCUGAACUCGCUGACCAGCGCGACUGUUUCACUGCUGACGUGUUGCACAAGCUGUAUUUUGUGGUGCUGAAGCGUCUCGACGACAGCAGCGCUGCGGUCCGCGAGGGUGCAUUACACACGACUCGCGAGCUAUUCUCUCGUCGCGCGCGGCCCUACGACACGGUGGUGUACGGUGCACACGUGGACGCACUGUACGCGGCGCUGCUGGUGCACCUCGACGACCCGGACGAACAGUUCCGGGGGCAAGUGCUCGAUACACUAUUAGCACUCAGCGACGUGGACCCAAAAGUGCUGAUGAAGAAAGUAAAAGCAAAUAUACACCUCUAUAGGAACAAGGAUGCCUAUGAACGUCUAGCUAGUCAUUUGGAAAAGAUGUUGUAACAUUUUGUUUGUUGUUUUUUGUUGUUUCAGUUAUUUUAUUUAAUAAAGUUAAUAUAAAAAUA